AUGCCUGCCAUUCUGAUUGAUUUCCUCCUGGAGAACCUCAAGGAGCUACUAAUUAGCGGUAGAGCCGAUUCAAUCCUUGUUGAGAAAAAUCUAGUUGAAUAUCUCUUCGAGGAGCUUAAUUUCAUACAAGACUUUCUUAAGAAUUCGGAGGAUCAAUACAAUGAGCAUAGCGAAGUUGAAAGUUUAGUGAAAACAAUUAGAUUUGUGGCUAGCAGGGCACUUGAGCACCUGGACUCUCUUCUAGUCAGUGAUCUAGAGAAAAAAGAUGAAAGAAUUGAUGAACAUUUCACCCAUGGUUGUGGUUAUGGCUAUGGAUUUGAUUAUUUUUCAUGGAUUAGAAGUUUUGUACAAGAGAUUAAGCAUAUCAAGGGAAAGGUGAUGGCGCUUUAUGACAAGAAGUUUCCAUUACCAUCAUCUGCGAGCGGCCGCCAGAGGAAUUUUAUAACAUUCAAGCAAGACAAUGAGAAACCCCUGAGGCACUCCAUGGACGUAUAA